ACUCGGGGAGGAUAAACAAGAGCGCCAAUCAAGGAGAUAAAGCGCUUUCAUGAUAACCCCAGGUGUAACAUUAUUGACAAGAUGGAGUUUAUUAAGGAGGAGAGUGAAGACAUGAGUUAUGGAGAAGUAUGCAACAUGAAAUAUGAAGAUACAUCAGAACAAAGAGACCUAAUGGAACUGAAAGAGGAAAGUGAAGAACUGAAUGAAGUGGAGGAGGAACAUCAGUUUCAGAAACCUCAUCAUUUCACAACUGAAGAGAAUUGUUUUAGCUGCUCACAGUCUGAAAAUAAUUUCAUACAAAAAACAAAAGGAGCAAAAAAUUAUUUGACCUGCUCUCAAUGUGGAAAGAGUUACAGCAAGAAAGCAAAUCUUAAAACUCACAUGAGAAUUCACACUGGAGAGAAGCCUUUUACAUGCGAGCGGUGUGGGACGAGUUUCAAAUUUAAAAGUGGACUUGACCAACACAUGAGACAUCACACUGGAGAGGAGCCUUACACAUGCUCACAGUGUGGGAAGAGCUUCAAAUGGAAAAGUGGUCUUGAUGCACAUAUGAGAAUUCACACUGGAGAGAAGCCUUUCAUUUGUCUUCAGUGUGAGAAAAGUUUCUCAUUUCAAGUAGACUUUAAUAGGCACAUGAAAAUUCACGCUGCAGUGAACCCUUUCACUUGCCCUCAGUGUGGAAAAAGAUUUACAUUGAAAGCAACUUUUGCUGGUCACUUAAGGAUUCACACUGGAGAGAAGCCUUUUCCAUGUUAUCGGUGUGGGACGAGUUUCAGGCGUAAAAGCGAACUUAACUUGCACAUGAGAACUCACACUGUAGAGAAGCCUUAUGUGUGCCAUCAGUGUGGAAAGAGUUUCGUAACUAAAUAUCAACUUAAUUCUCACAUUAGAAUUCACUCUGGAGAGAAGCCUUUUACAUGCCUCCAGUGCGGGAAGAGUUUUGGAUAUAAAGAAACCUUUAAUAUGCACAUGAAAAUUCACACAGGAGAGAACCUUUUCACAUGCCUCCAGUGUGGGAAGAGUUUCGCACGUAAAAGCAACUUUAACACUCACAUAAGAAUUCACACUGGAGAGAAGCCUUUUACAUGUCUCCAGUGUGGGAUGAGUUUCAGAAAUAAAAACAGCCUUGAUAAGCACAUUAAAAUUCACACUGUAGAGAAACAUUUCAUGUGCCAUCAGUGUGGGAAGAGCUUCAGACAGGCAAAACAUAUCAAAACUCAUCUUUGCUCUCACGUUGAAGUAAGGUCAAUUACAAGUGAUCAGUGUAGUACAAAUUUUACUUUUGCAUCAGCUGAAAAAAUGCACAUGAGAAUUUGUGAAAAUGAGAAGCCAUGCUUGUGUUCUCUUGAAGAAAAGUGUUUUAAAGAGCAGCAGAAAGAACAUAUUGCUAUGAGGGCUCAUGUCUGCUUAGAUUGUGGAAAGGUGUUUUCUAGAAAAACUAAUUUGGAACGGCACCAAAGAAUCCAUACUGGUGAAAGACCAUACAAGUGUCUAAUAUGUGGAAAGAGUUUCACUUGUUCAGGACAACUGAAAGUACACAAGAGAGUGCAUACUGGAGAGAAGCCAUACAGCUGCACUUCAUGUGGGAAAAGAUUUACCUAUUUUAAGUCUGUAAAGAGUCAUAGAACAAAGUGUUGCCCAGAACUGAAGUGAGCAAACUGCAUGUAAUUUCCAAUGUAAAUUAUAUGUCAUUGUAGCAAGGUUAAGGUUGGGAAAGGAGGCGGCGGGAACCGGAUGAAGCAUCAAAGUAAUGUUUUAAUAAACUUAAACACAAAAACACACAAACAUAAACACAUACAGGGCAGCUGCCUGUAGCUCUCUCUCUCUCUCAGACUGCCUCAUCUUGUUGCACUUAUCCCUCUCCUCGGCUGAUUACGCCUUCCUCCUUUUCACACUCCACCCUCUUUUGCCUCAGGCCGGAGAACCCCCCGCAUGACGUACAUCCGCCCUUCUGGCACCGCCUAUUGGCAGGCCUUCCCCGCCUUCUGCAACCUUGGAGGGAGACAAGGGGAGAGAAAAACAAAACAACAAAAAGAGGAGAGGGAAAGUCCAAUGCAGCGAUAUUGUGAGAGAGAGAGAGGAGAGAGAGGAAAAACGUACUCGCCGGUUCCCUGACACGCCGUCACCUGGUCCUCGAUCACUCCUCCAUCCUCUGGCGGACAACAGCCACUCCUCCCCGGGCGGACCGGAGCAAGUCCUCCAACCCCUGGCAGACGGAGCGCCCCUCCACAUUUCAGCGGCCGGUAGGGAACUCCUCUGCCCCUGGCAGUGGCUCUACCGCUCCAGGUGGUCGGCAGUGAGCCCCUCCUCCCCUCGCAGACGGCAGCCGUUCUUCCGACCCCGCCAUGUAUUGCUGGCCAGUAGGGAACUCCACCGCCUCUGGCAGCGACCCCACCGCUCCAGGUGGCCGGCAGUGAGCCCCUCCUCCCCUCGUGGACGGCAGCUGUUCCUCCGCGUCCAGGCAGUCAGUAGCAACUGCUCCGUCCCCCGGCGGAUAGCCGCGGCUGCUCCUUUGGGGUGGAUGGUAGUGGCGAGGACUCUACGAUGGCGCAUCCCUCCUCCUUCCCGGGCUUCGGCACCAAUGUAACAGGGUUCAGUGAAAAGGAGGAGGCGGGAACCAGACGAAGCAUCAAAGUAAUGUUUUUAAUAAACUUAAACACAAAGACACACAAACAUAAACGCAUACAGGGCAGCUGCCUGUAGCUCUCUCUCUUUUGAAAUGCUACAUCUCGUUGCACUUAUCCCACUCCUCGGCUGAUUAGCCCGAUCGGGACCCGGGCGUGUGUAGUCACAGCCUGGCCCCGCCCUCCUCCUUGUCACAGACAUUGAUAUGAAAUUUAGAAUAAAACAAAAGAUAAAAUAAUAGAUGAAAGUGAAAGUCUUUCUAGUAUUUAGUAUUUUAACUGUAUCGAAUGUAACCUUACAUAAAUAUACACUGCCUAGCCAAAAAAAAAUUGCAUACUCUAAUAUUUUGUUGGACAAAAUAUGAAUAUUGCUCCCUGAACCACUCUUUCACAAUUUGAGCUCAAUGAAUCUUGGCUUUGUCAUCCUGGAAUAUGCCCAUGCCGUCAGGGAAGGAAAAAUCAAUUGACUGGUCAUUCAGUACAUUCAGGUAGUCAGCUAACUUCAUUUUAUUGCCACAUAACAUUGCUUAGCCUAGACCUGACCAAUUUAAGCAACCCCAGAUCAUAACACUGCCUCCAGUGGCUUGUACAGUGGGCACUAUACAUGAUGGGUGCAUCGCUUCAUGAGCUUCUUACCCUGAUGCGCCCAUCGCUUUGGAAUAGGGUAAAUCUGGACCACAUGACCUUUUUCCAUUGCUCCACAGUACAAUCUUUAUGCUCUCUAGCAAACUGAAGUCGUUUUUUCUGAUUAGCCUCACUAACAAGUGGCUUUCUUGUGACCAAACAGCUGUUUAAUCCCAAUCCUGUAAGUUAUCAUCGCAUUGUGCAUGUGGAAAUGCUUUUACUUUCACUAUUAAACAGCUGUGAGUUCUGUUGAUUUUUUUACAAUGUGACUUCAAGCGUUUUAGUGAUCUCCGAUCAUGAUCAUUCAAGAUUUUUUUCCAACCACAUUUUUUCCACAAAGCUGACGGUUCACCACUAUCCUUCCAGGUUUUAAUAAUGCCUUAAUAAUGCCUUAAGUUCUUAACCCAAUUCCAGUGAUUUCAGCAAUCUCCUUAGUUCUUUUCUUUGCUUGAUGCAGGCCAAUAAAUUGCCCCUUCUGAAACACAGUAACAUCUUUUCCAUGAACACAGGAUGCGUCUUCUACAUGCUGCAUCAGUUAGGGUUAAAAGAAUUGCUGCCAGCUGAAACAUUUUAAUCACUGCAAUAAUGAUCCAAUCAUAGGCUCUUAAGUAUCUGCUUAUUUAAAUCAAAAUUGUGUUUUUUUUUUUUUUUUUUGGCCAGGCAGUGCACAACCAUUUGUUAACAUUUACAUGAGGAAGGAUGGGUUAGUAAUAGUUCACCCAAAAAUGUACAUCAUUUACUCAUUUGCUGUCUUCUGUUGAAAGCAGAACGAUAUUAGACAGAAUGUUAGGGAUUGACAGCCUCGGUCACCAUUCAUGAAUUAUGGAGAGAUGGAGAAAAAAAAAAAAGAUUAAAUGAAAGUGAAUGGUGACUGAGACUGUCAGUUCCUAUCAUUCUGCCUAACAUCUGUGUUCCUUAAAAGAAGGUAAUAUGGGUUUGACACGAGUGAGUAAAUAAUAACAUAAUUUAAAUUUUUGGGUGAACUACCCCUUAAUUAUUUUAGAUGCUUACAUUGUACUCUUGGAUAAGAUCAUCCUCCUUUUCACCCAGGUAAUAAGAGGGAGUUUUACUUAAAGGUGCACUCAGUAACUUUUGUCUUUGUGUCAUCUUGGACAUACACUGACUCCUAGCGGUUUGGAUGCAGCAUCUUUUAAAAUCAAUAAUUUUCAGUUUCAGAUGUCAUUGUAAAAAUGUAGUAUUCACAGUCAGCCAUGAUUACUUUAAUCAAUGAGUAAAAGUGUCAAAUAACAGGACGGUUACUGAGAUUAAGAGAGUAGUAUUCGGCUGGUCAUGUGAUUCUAACAUGGCAGCCCCCAUGUGUGGACCCUCUCCAUGUAGAAUAAAACAGCUUUUAUAAGGUUACUGAUAUGACUGGAGUCUUCAUUUUAAUGUAAGUGAUCAUGAUUUCCUAUAUAUAUAUUGCAAAAUUAAAAUUCAUGUCUUUAGAAGUUAAACUUUUUAAUGAGGACAAAAUUACUAAGUGUACCUUUAACGUUCACCCUAAGAAAGAGCCAUGGGGAAAUUAUUGUCUUCAAAAUUCUUAUUAAUAGACAUUUCCAUAACUAUAUUCAAACUUUUUUUAUGUUGAUGUAUUUUUAAUUUUUUUACUAGAAUAUAUAAAACUUUACAAUUCGGUUGGGAUGUUUGUUUAUGUUAAAUGUUGCUUUAAAUGUCAAAUUACUAUUUAUUGAUCUUUAUACUGUAUAAUAAACAGCAUUUAACUUUAAUAGCAGGUCUUGGAUGCAUUUCAUAAAUUAGCAGGCUCCCCAUGAUUUUGUUUUUCAUGAACAAUGUUUUUCAACAGUUAACAUGCUAUUCUUCUUUAUAAUGACAUUUGAAUGAAACUGUUUUCAUUAAUUCAUUUUAUGCCAAUUAUGCCAAAUCAGAAAUCUUUAAAUGUCAGUGCAAUAAAAAAAGAGUUAAUUCAUAACAUUUUCAGCUAAUUUAAUAAAUUCAAAAACUUGAAUAACCUUAUAUGCUUAAAAAUGUAUUAAGGCAUUAUUCUUCUGGGUGAAUGGGAACCUCUUUUGAUCUUUGCUCUUUCCUUUGCCAUAGAACAGUAAAGUACCCAUCUUUCCUUUUCACUACAAUAACAAAAACAUCAGAUCUUAACAAUCUUAUAGAGUUAUUCCCUCUUAUAAAAUCUCAAAUAUUUUCCAAACUUGAAUAGAGGAGUAGGUAUAUUUGGGGGGGAAAUACUACAUGAUUGUGUAGUGUGUUUGUGUGCAAAAUAUUCAUUUUUUUUUUUUUUCUAUUUAUUUUUCAGCAUGUCUAUUUAGGAAGAAAUGUAAAAUAUCACCAUAACUGUCAUCAUACCACUCACAGAUGCCUGUGCUACCUUUAACUUAUUUUACCCUUUUACAUACAUAUCAACAUCACGGUCAUGCAUGAUUUUGAAAAAUUUGGCUUACAAGUAGUUUUGUAUUUCUCAUUUAUUUUAUGAUAGUUCUUCUGUUUAACUUCUAAAGCAACAUUAUGGUUUUAACCUUACUUAUUUAGUUACUUUUUUUACCCUAAUCUUUGAUGGCUGAUCAGCACCCUUCUUCUGUUUGUGUGAGGCACUGAAGUUUAUGGACCAUCCAUGCCAACAGAUGAUAAGGGGUGGGGCAGUAAACCUGUGGGGACAUUGCUCUUUUGUUGAGGAUACAGAGCUGGGGUGUGAUGAUCUUGUUAGGCUAAAUAUGAGGGACUGACAGCCUCAGUCACCAUUACUUUUAUUGCAUCUUUUUUCUAUACACUGACUAGGUCUGUCAGUCACUAACAUUCUGGCUAACAUCUCUCGUGUUCCACAGAAGAAAGUCAUAUGGAUUUGGAAUAAUAUGUGGGUGAGAAAAUUACAGGAAAUUUAUGUUUUAAGGUCUGGGCCCUUUACCAGUUUAGUUAGAAAUGCUCAUCUAAAUAGGGCUAUAGACCAAAUAGGUUUAAUCUUGCAAUUGACUGUGUAAGUGCACAGUCGUAAUAAAUAACCAUGACACAGAAAGCACUCAGUCAUUAUUGUUAGCUUGGAAAUGCUGCCUUUCAUUCAACUCUGAGAGUGAAAAAGGGCGGCCAGGUAGAAGUUGGCCUACAAAGUAGGCUAAAUGAAAAGUAUUCACUUUUAAGCAUCAAUUAAAUACAAAUGAAAUUAAAUAUAAAAAGCAACGAGUCAGCUUUAUUACAUGAUGAUAAAACGUAUUCAGGAAACAUUUGCAGAGACAGAUGUGUGAAAUAUGGUAAAUUACUCUCUUUUGAUAAUCUGGAUGACAAAUACAUGACUUUGAAUAGAACAGCAUAACAUUAGCUUGCGUAUCUGAAAAAAGAGAAUAUGAACAGCUUACAUUAGAAUGUCAAUUUAUAAUACAAAUUCUGAUAAAGGAAAGAGCAAGCGCUGACAUAAAUUUAUUCUAUCACUGUGAUUUUUCAAACCGUUCGCACAUUUUCAUCUUUGGGUUUAGGGCCAUUUUUCACUAUGAAAUGAAUUGGUGUCUAAAUUAAUCCUGGAAAGUGACAAAACAUUCUAAACUAAUUAGGAAGACGUCUCUCUUAAUUUUAUUAGUAAAAUGUAUCAACUAUUUGGAGUAAGGGAGAGUGGGGCACAAACUAACACGGGUCUAGUUGUAACACACAUGGUUUAAAUGUUUCCACACACACUGGUGAGACAAAACUUCAUUUGUUUGUUUGCUGCCAUAUUAACACUGUGUCGAGAAAAAAAAAGUUACAAUUUUGCAAAAAUAACAAUUCACACAAGUUAAUUUUCAUCUGUUUUCAGUGUUUAUUUAAAAUGAGGCAAAUUUAGUAUCAUUUUCAUCUCCAAUCUGUUAGCUAGCAUUUUAAUUCUUAGCUAGCCAGCAGAAGUGACUAGCCAGGUUUAAAUCCCUGUUACGCUGAUGGGGCAUGUUGUAAGACUGCGUUACAACCUGCCCCAAUUAGAACAAACUAUAUGCAAUUCCAUGCAGUCAGACAUGUCAUUUACAUAAGUCCCCUUUAUGUGUGUGUGUGUGUGUGUGUGUGUGUUGUGUCAUUAAUCCAUGCAUUAUAAUGUUGUGGCUUUGUUUGUUUGUCAAGUGUCAAAGUUAUUGCUAUAUUGUAUAUGACAAAGAUAAUAAAUGGCUUUUAUUGACAUAAUAUUUUAGUUUAUCUUCUAUUUAUUUUAAUUAGAUCAGAUAUAGGCUAGUAGUUAGGGGGGAUUUUAGGCUGUCAUAUGGUCACGUUACAAUGUAGCUAUGUAGCACGUUGUAAAAUUUCACUUUUUUUUUUUUUCAGGUAGAUGGCGAACAAACCAUACGCUAUAUUCAUGAAACAUGACCACAUAUUUGUACCAGACAUGUGUAAAAAAAUACAAAAUACUUUGCAUUUACACAAACUUAAGAAAACCAGUGUUAAUUUGUGCGCCGCUCUCCCCUACAGUGCUGAGCUGAAAUUUAAGAAAUGAAAAUAUAAUCAUAUUUCAGAAGA